AUUUGUUUAGGAAACAAAUGAGACCCCGGGUGGGUCACGUGACUGAAAGGGUGUGCUCGGGAUUAAGGUCCGGGUAGGAAACACAAACAAAAUGGCUGGGAAGAAGAAAGACGCUGAAACCUUCGACGUGAUCGAGUUGGCCGAGCACGUCAAGAAGCAGAGAUGGUGGAACAAAAUGUUCGGAGAUAAUUCCGGCCCGGCUGCCGAGAAGUAUUCCGUCGCAACGCAGCUCGCUAUCGGUGGAGUGACUGGGUGGUGUGCGGGAUAUUUGUUUCGGAAAGUCGGAAAAGUUGCAGCGUCGGCCGUAGGCGGCGGCUUCUUUUUGCUUCAGGAAGAAAACAAAGAAAAUGGGAACUCCUUUAACUCGAAAUUCCGACUCAGGAUCUCAGCUCCUCAACUCCGAGUUCAGCAAGUGACGUCAAAUCAAAAUGGCCGCUCGCAGCAUCAGCAGUAAACUCAGCAGCACUUCUUACCUCAGCACAGUUAGCUGACUAGCUAAGUUGUUGCUUAGGAAAGAUGAACAAAAAAGACUCUGUAGCUUGAAAAUGACGUAAUUCCGAGCUCUGACUUCCCACUUCCGAGGUAAGCUGAAUACAGCAUCAGGGUUGAGGGAUACCAUUCCCAACUUUCUGAGUAGGAAUUCCUCACUGAGGGUUUUUUUAUUUGUUUUCUCCUUUUGGAAAUUUCAAACUAGCAUUAGCUAGCAAAAGUUAUUUUCUAAGAACACGUAGCUUUACAUCAUUGUGUCAAUUGGCACACUGUCAUAUAUAUAUUGGUAUGAUGGCGAUUCUGCAGGAAUUCCGUCCAAUUUCUGAAGAUUUUGAUCACCAUUUGUCUUGUGAGACGCAAACCUCUCGUGAGGCGGCAUCUCUCAAACGUCAAACAUCACGCAGUAACCAUGGAGACGUCCCGGUCCCUCGGAUCGGCUGGGAAUGAAACCGAUGUUCAGGAUCACUGAAGUGUCCAUGACGGUGUAGUUGCAGUUUUCUGAGUCUCCGGACACUAAUUUGGAAAUUGUCUAUCACUGACAAACAUAAGGAUAGAUAGAUAGGUAGAUAGGUAGAUAGAUAGAUAGAUGGAUAGAUAGAUAGAGAGAGAGAGAGAGAGAUAGAUCGAUGUACUUCAUUGAUGCACUUUUACUAUACAGCAUGUGUGUUUAAUCCUGAGGAAAAACAAGUUGAUAGCUCAAGAAAACAACUUUUGUAGUAUAUUUAAAGCUUCUCUUAAACCUUAUUUCUUUAGGAUUGCUUUUACUUGAUUACUUUUUGUUUUUUGUUAUUUAAUUUUUAUUAAUAAUAAUAGUAAUUGAAUUGUAGUUUAUUUUUAACUGUUGUUUGAUACAUGUCUAUAUACUCUUAUGUAAAGUGCCUUGAAAGGCCUUUUAAAGACACUAUAUACAAUAAAGUUUAUUAUUAUUGUUAUUAUUAUUAUUAGUUUAUUACAAGAUCAGGGGGAAAAAAUAACCCAUAAUAAUAAUCCAUAAUAAUUCCAAUGGUCUGAUAAAGACAGGUUCAGGUUCAGGACCCCAACCUUCAGCUCACAACCUUCUGGUCAUCACUGAUCCUAAGAGCUGAUCAUCUGAAACGCUACAGGUCUGACCCCGGAGCUAUUUUUGUCCU